UCAUCUUUCUUCAUCCUCUCUUUUGUCCUGCAUCUCCUUCUUUUUGUUUGGGGGUCCUAAUCUCCUUAUAUUUCCUUCACCAUUUCCAUCAUAGCAAACCAGAGCUUACCUCUUACGAUUAUUACAAUACACAACACAUCAAAGGAAAAUGUAUUACCGUUGUUCUCUUAUGUGUAUGCGUACAUAAUUAUAUAUAUUAUCCGGAAAGAAAGCGAGUUACGGAAUCCUCCAAGCAGGCAGGAUUUAGUUUUGAUGGAGGAAAACUCGCAUCGAGUUUCACGUAGAAACGAUGUCGGGACCCACUGUCAAAACGAUGUCGUCGACGAAGACAACCGUCGACAACAACGGCAUUACAACCACCAUACUCACGGAGAUGAAGACAAAUGCUCAGGCAAGAGAUGCCGGUCGUGGGCGGCUGGGGCGAUUGCUGAUUGUUUGGCGCUCUGUUGCUGUCCAUGUGCCAUCAUAAAUUUUCUUACUCUUACUUUCGUCAAGGUCCCUUGGAUGAUAGGACGGCGAUGUCUCGGGGGUAGACGGAAGAAGAAGAACAAGCGGAGGCUACACGAGAGACAACGCAGCGGGAAAAUCAACGGUGAAGAUGGGUUUCAACACCACAGUAACCAUCAAUGUCAGUUUGAGACAGCCGAGGAAGAUGAGAAAUGCGGUGGUGGAGGAGAUGAAGAUGAUGAUAAUGAUCACCGGUUUGUGGUGGAGAGAGAUGGGAGUUUAACGAAGGAGGAGGAGGAGGAGAAGAAAACGACGUCGGUUAGUGGGAGUGAAGAGUCAAGAACAAGUGCAAAAGUUGAAGCAGAGAGAGUGUGGUUAGAGUUGUAUCAAAUUGGUCAUCUUGGAUUUGGUAGAGUCUCCUUCACUGAGAUUCAAUGAUUAAAUCGAUCAUUUUUAGGAUUUUUAGUAGAUUAAUAUUCUAAGAUUUCUAAGAAUAUAAUUGUGAAUUAAUUAAUAAUGUGAAAUUUGAUAGUAGUGUACAUUUUGUAAGAAGUAGACAAUUAAAA